GAGCCCUAUCUGCGAUUCCUCCACCACUCACACUGUCUCGUUCUCGGCUGGGAUGAGUUUUUUGGAUUGGCGAUGACCGAGGUGAACAGAUAGGUAGUAUUCGGAUUACACUCACACACCAAACACUUUUGAUGGUGAGCCGAUGGUGAACUCCGGAGUAGUUGGAUGACGUAUUGGUAUGGAUGUAAAGUCAGAUGGAACGUAUUUUCUGCGAGUUUUCGAUUGUACUGUUGUUUUAAAGGAAAUUCGCCUUGUGAAAAGAAGAGCCCAACUUACUGAUGAUCUUCCACAUCAGGAUGUCCACAUCUCGGUCUUUCCAUCAUUUGUAUUGUUCUUUCAUCAAGUUCACCCGUUUCUUCUAAUCCAGCCAUUCUUUGCAUGUUUUUCAAUGCGUCUGAUAAUGAUUCGGAGCUUAACUGAUUAUCUCCACUUGUCAAGUAGCCAUAUUUUUGAAGGAAUUUGGUCUGAAACUUUUUAAUUGAUGUUUUUAAAUAGGAAAAUGUUUGAUUUUGAAAGUUAAUGAAAUUUUACUACACUGGG